AUGUUUCAAGAGCGACGCCGCGCAGAAGAACUCCCAGACUUCGAGCAUGUGUAUGGUCUCAGACCUUCCAUUAUUAUAGAAAUUGCGAGCAAAGGUUACAACGACAUUCUCAACUUGCUUAACGCCGCAGGAGGUUUUCAUCUCCAAGGUGUCCGACUUAAAAAUCAAGAGAGAGAUAUAUUUGACCAUGUCACGCAGCUAGUCGCGGAAGGGAAGUUCAAGGAGGCUGAUGAAGCGAGUCGGGAGUUCCCGUUCGAAGAAGGUUCUAUCGCAGGAGAGAUUAUUACGGAGGUCGAAGUUGAUGACGACUAA